CAGAGCGCUGAGGGCCGGUCCCACAGAGCCGCGGCCAUGGCAGGCAAGGGGACGGAGGGGUUUCUGCCGCCUUUCAAGCACUUCGCCACUGAUGCCAUCCACGCCGGCCAGGAGCCCGAGAAAUGGCGCUCCGGGGCCGUGGUGCCGCCCAUCUCGCUCUCCACCACCUUCAAGCAGCGGGCGCCCGGCGAACACGCGGGUUAUGAAUACAUCCGGUCUGGGAACCCCACUCGGGAUUGCCUGGAAAAGGCUGCAGCCGCCCUCGAUGGAGCCAAAUACUGUGAGCACCUCAUGGGUGGGACGGAAACCUCCCUGAGCUCGGAGGAGCCGGCUGGAGCCUCCCCUGGCUGUGGCGGGGCCGCUGCCCAUCCCCAGCGCACCAAGCCCGGGGAGCUGGCACCUCUGGGCUCCAGAGCCCCUGGGACUCAGCCCAGCACUGGCAGCUCUGACCUGGCCAUUUCUGGGUUUGUGCAGCUGGUUUGGCUCGAGACCCCCACCAACCCCACGCUGAAGGUGAUCGACAUCCGAGCCUGUGCAGACGUGGCACACAGGAAGCCGGGGGUGCUGGUGGCAGUGGACAACAGCUUCAUGUCUGCCUACUUCCAGGUGUGUCACCUCCCCCAGGGCAGGUGGAUUGGGAAAGGGAUUGGAAAGGGAUUAUAUCACAUCUAUUUCCCAGGAGACCAAGCUAAGCCUUGGUGCUGUAGGUGUAAAGUCACCCUUUUUGCAGAGUGCCAACAACUGUUCUGCUUCUUUUUUUUUGCAACAUUACUUUUUUUAUCUACAAAGACAGACCUUAUUCUUUUGUUCCAGAAGGUUAAACUAAUGAAUUUAGUAAAUGUUCAUUUUCCCAUAAAUAUGAUCCCACAACUUCCCACUCCUGAUAACAACUGCUUUCCCUUUCUCCCACAGGUGUUUGCCCUGGCUGAGAGUCUGGGUGGCUACGAGAGCCUGGCAGAGCAUCCGGCCAUCAUGACCCACGCCUCAGUGCCUGAGAAGGAAAGGGAAGCUCUGGGAAUCACUGACACCUUGAUCCGCCUCUCAGUGGGGCUGGAGGAUGAGGAGGAUUUGAUCACAGACCUAAAGCAGGCCCUGGAGGCUGCGUUUAAAUAAACCUCGGGGGUCAAAAAGGAACUUGGAACUGGACAUGGCUGUGGACAAGGACACGGAAAACCAAACCUCUCUUGCUUUGCCUUUGGGAAUUGCAGCCUGGGUUCCUGGGGCUGUCCCGUGCUGCUGUUGGGCUGCUCUCCCUGGCUGUGCAGGGUGUGCUGGGCACGGCCUGGGCUCUCCCUGGCGAGGUCUGGAGCCAGGAGCUGUGUGGGAGCAGCCCUGGGCACCCCGGGAAUGUGAUCCCAGUUCUCCCAGCAGAGCCCAGGGUUUCCCCUGCUGCUGCAGGUUUGGGGCACAAGGGCUGGUUCCUGCUGCUGCUCUCAGGUCAUUCUCUUCUCACCCAUCAGCUCAGCUCAGAAACUUGAUUGAGAUCAGAUUUAUUUUAAUUAAGCUGGAAAUUUGCUGAAGAGCUUUUUCUUCUCUUGAUGUUUUAUUGAAAAUGAAGUGAAAUCCAAGACCUGGUAAAUAACAGCUUUCUAAAGAGGAGUCUUUGUCUCUUUUAAGAAAAAAAUCAUGUGCUGUGGGAAUGAUUGUAAUCAUUUUAAUUAAAAUACGCUUUUCCUUUC